AUGUCGCCUUACUCGUCCUCCAUUCACACGCAUGGGUCAAGACCUCAAAACUAUCAUCCAUCGAACCCGCAAAGGAAUGCUCGGGUUGAGCCUUCCGGAUCUGCAAACCAACCAGCCCAACAGGAUGUUGAGGCAACGCCAGUAGCAGAAGGUCAAACGCAAGCCGAUCCGACCUUAUCAAUGGUGCAUAAUCUCUUAUCUCAAGUACUACAUCGAGCCAUACCCGGUAACGGCAAUGGAGUGCCGCCACCACCAGAUUUUCUGAAGAUAGUAACCAUUAUGAAGACGUUGGGGACUUACCACUUUGAAGGAGAGCCAGAUCUUUACCAGGCGGACGCAUGGCUACAAAGCAUCGAAAGGAAUUUCGCUGCAACUAGGUGUCCAAUCAACUUCAAGAAGGACGUUGGAAUCUACUAUCUACGGAAGGACGCACUAAACUGGUGGGAGAGUGUGGAUCGACAAAAAGGCCAGUAUGUCAAUACUUGGGAGAAGUUCAAACACGAGUUUGAGCAGAAGUAUUUUCCACCAGAAGCACGGGAUCGUCUAACUCAAGAAUUUCUGAGAUUGGAGCAAGGCGAGAAGAGUGUACGAGCCUAUGAAGCGGAGUUUAUGAGGUUACAAAGGUAUGCCUCAUACUGUAACGAGGAUGAUAAAGCCCUGGUGAGACAAUUCAUGCAAGGCUUAAAACCGGAGAUAGGAGGUCGACUACAAUCUGUCACUUUCACCAACCCUCAUGAAGUGAUAGAGAGAGCGGUGAAUGUAGAGACAUAUCUACAAAAGGAGAAAGCCGCGUGGAACAAAAGGAAAAUGGAGUUCAACGCGACAACCAAGUCAAAGAAGGGAGGUCAAUCUUCUAAUCAAGGAAAACCCCACAAGGGUAAUCAGAAGUCUGGAAAUGGAGAUCGAGGAUGCUACACAUGCGGAGAAAAGGGACAUUUCUCAAGAAAUUGUCCUCGUACCUUCAAGACAACAGAAUCUCUCAUGCAUGUCAGAUGCUAUCUUUGUGGCGAAUUUGGGCAUUACGCCACUAGUUGUCCCAACAGAGUUGUUGGAACAGCAGGAGGAUCCGGCAAACAAAACGCACCACCCCGACCAAUGAAAGAAUCCCCGACUAAGCGUCUAACUUCUUCGGGUAAGGUGUAUGCUUUAGAAGCAGGACCAUCAAACCCGUCGGGAUCAAACCAAGGUCCCAUCACAGGAACAAUAUGUGUAGGUGGUAUCCUGACACAUGUUUUGUUCGAUUCGGGAGCGACACAUAGCUUUGUGACUCCCGAAGUAGCAUCUUGUUUUGGUGACGCUUAUAGGAUAGGAUUGGUGGAGGUUUCUGUUGUAACCCCCGGAGACCAAGUCCUUAAAGCGUCUAGUGUCGUGUUAGGUGUGCCUGUUGUUAUGCAGGGAGAGACGUUUUCGGCUGACCUACUAGUCCUACCCCUAGCCCGCUUCGACGUAAUCCUUGGAAUGGAUUGGUUGUCAAGCUACAAAGCUCAGCUUGACUGUGAGAGAGGAAGAAUCACCUUCAAAGGAUCUCAGCGUCAGAAGAUUGCGUACCAAGGAAUCAGUCCUAGUACGGCAGUGGCGUUAGUAGCUGCUCUACGAAUAGAGAAGCAGUUGGAGUGUGGUGAAGCUUAUCUGAUUGCUAUCAGUGUGGUGGAAGAAGAAGAUGACAAGGAGUUGAGGGUGGAAGACAUUUCAGUGGUGUGUGAAUACGGGGAUGUAUUCAAGGCAUUAACUGAAUUGCCCCCAUCCGGAAGAACCCCUUUACUAUCAGUCUUGAACCAGGAACGGCACCAAUAG